UUGAACGAUAGGCGACCCAGGGUAGUGUGGGCGUGCCAGGGAGCUAUGUGGUGACAUACGGGGUGUAUGCUGGAUGAUGAGAACUUGCUGAUGUGGCAUAUUAAGCCGAAGUGGAACCGCAUUCUGCUGUUGGUUGUGCUGAGGCAAAGACCGCUCAUCAUAAUUGCACAUCAGGUUACCGGUGAGAAAACUGUGGUUGGGGGCAGCAUUUAUGAGCCGCUGCAGCAAGCCCCUGGGCCCAUGCAGCCUAUGCAAUGGAUGCCCAAGAUACCUCUGAUGAGUCUCAAGCCUUUCUCUGGAGAUAGAAAGAAGGAGGAGGAUUUGGACACCUGGGUGAGGACUGUGCUUACUUAUGUGAGGCACAAGCUCACAAGGCCAGAGCAAGAACUUGUUGAGGCUGCCCCUUUUCUAGAAGGGUCAGCAGCUCGCUGGUUGAAUGGUCUAGUGCAGCAACAGGGCUACGGUCAGGAUUUCGAUGCCUGGGCACGAGCUCAGACAUUGGAGCAGUUCGUACGGUCAGUCUACAACAGGUGGCAUGACCCGCAAGGGGCUCGAAAGGCCACCGAUGCUAUCAACAACCUUUGUUCCCGCAGGUUCAAGGAUGUUAGAGAGCUUACAGACACCGUAGAACGCCUCCUCGUGGUACCUGGUGUGCGUUUUGACCAGCAGGUUCUCCCGACGGAUUACCUAAGCCGCCUACCUGCAGAGGUAAGGACCAAGCUGGUUGACGAGGCCUAUGUCAAACAGCACACCUUCGCUUCUUUUAGUAAGAAAGCUCUGGACAUAGAGGCAAAGCUGGGGUCUGCUCAUAAGGUAGGCGAGAGAGUCUGGAUUAAGGUUGUUGAGCUUGGUCAGGAGUUAGGCAUAUCCCGCAAGCUAAUGCCACAGUUCUUUGGGGCCUGGGAGAUCUUAGACAUUGUAGGAGAUCAACCAGACGGUCCUUCAUAUGUAAUCCGCAUCCCACCUCAUUUGCGUACCAACCCUGUGUUCCAUGCGUCUAAGUUAGCACCCUAUGCUGCUACUAAGCAGUUCCCUUCCAGAAGAUCAAUGCUGCCCCCAACCAUGAAUGGCGAAGUGGACAUUGACCAGAUCGUGGAGCAUCGAGUGAUGCCUGUUCCUCGACCAUCAGGCAGAGAGCGACCUCCGAAACCGAGAAUGCAGUAUCGUGUGAGCUUCAGACAUCAUCUGGAUCCUAAAGAAGACCGACGGUUCACACGAGAAGAACUCAUGAGAACAGCACCUCAAGUAAUCGCAGGCUAUGAAAGAGCACUCAAGGGGAAGAUGCCUGCAGAAUGAGAGACUUCUCAGAGGACUCACGAAGUAAAGGAGGAGGGAAUGC